AUGAAUAAUAGUAAUAAUUCAGGAGUAGUUAGAGUACCACAAAAAUUCAAAUUUGAAUUUGAUGUUAAUAUCCAAGAAUGGAAGGCAAAUAAUAAAAGCUUAUUAUUACUCACAUCAAGCGAAAUAAGAGAAAUCAUCAGCUCCCAUGGUUACGAUUUAAAGUCUUACUUUUAUAAAAAAGAUGAUCUUUUAAACAAACUAAAGGAUAUUUUAAAUGGUACCAGUAACAAUGGUAUGAAUGGUGGUAUUUCCAUUAGUAUCAACAGUAGCAGCAAUACAACUCCAACCAUCUCACCAAAACUAACCAGCAGUAAUAGUAAUAUUAAUGGUCAAUAUAAUGGAAAUAGUGCAAAUAUUAUUAGUAAUAGUAGCAAUAUCCAAUAUAGUAAUAGUAGUGUGCCAUAUUACAACAAUAGCAAUAAUUAUAAUGGAAACAAACGUUCCAUUGAACAAGUUAGUGAUCCAUACGAGCUACAAAUUGCAUCUGAUGAUGAAAACACAAGCAGUAGCGGUAGCACAAAUGGUUAUAACAAUAACGGUAACAACUCCAAUGGUGAAUAUCAAAACAUUGAAUAUAAUAAUUUGCCACCAAAGAAAAAGUUCAGCACCUCACCAACCAAUACAUCAGCCCAAACCUCCACCAACACCUCACCAAUUCAACAACCUUCAACCAUCCAAUUAUUUAAAACCAGCAGUAUUACUCAAACAAGUUCAAAUGUAUCUGGUGGUAACAAUUUAACCUCGCCAUCAGCUAGCUCCACAUUAAAUGUCUCUACCACCGGGAUUAAUACACUUAGUAACCUUAGCCUAAGUGCUAGUAGUAAUAACUUGAGCACUUUGGCAAGCUGUAGUCUUAAUAAUCUUAACAAUAACAAUAGUAGCAAUAAUAAUAAUAACAAUAGCAAUAACACAUGUAAUGGUAAUAGUAACAAUAAUAAUAGUAACAAUAUAGUUGUAGAUAAAAACUCUGUCAAAAGAGCACUAGAAUUAGAACAAAGAAUUUUAGGUAGUUUCAGCUUUUAUUUUAUGAUGAAAAAAUUAGAUUUUUCAAACGACUUUUCAUUAAGAGUUCAAGAAGAAUUUGUUAGAUUCAUUGUAUUAAAAGUUAUGGAUAAUGACCAUGGCUGCGAUGGAUUCGGUAAUCGUUUGGUUCCUUCACCAAUAAUCGAUAGUCUCUACAGAGAAAUCAUUUUAAACACAAUCAAACACAAAGAAUUAUUAAACUUGAUCAAACUCGAAAUUCACUAUCAUUCUGGUCACAAUGAAACCUCACAAGAUAAAGAGAAAAAGUAUCAAAGAACCCUCACCCUCUACAGCUUGUACUUUGGCAAAAACAAAAACUCUGACAACGAAAUCAUAUGGCCAUCCACCUACAGCUCCAACUACAACAGCGAUGAAGCUUUAAAUCAAAAAGUCAAAUCACUUAAAUCAAAAAAUAGAGAAAGAAAAUUAAAAAUUGAACAAUUGGAAAAAGAAAUUUUAAACUUAAAAUCACAAUUAAAUAAUGGUGCUAUUGAAGAAGAACUCGGCAAUUUAAAUAAUAACAGCAACAAUAAUAAUGAAAACAACAAUUCAGAAAAAAAUAAAAAUAACAACGAUAACGACAUAAAAAUGGAAAAUGAUGAAAUUAUUGAAACAAUCCCACCAAGUAAUGAAAAUUAUGAAAAUAAAGAUAAUGAAAAUUCAAUCUCCACCAUCAAUGAAUAA